CAAAUUAUUCCGAUCACCAAAUGUGAAUUCUUCAACUCUCUCCCAGUCCCUCCUUUUAAUUCCCCUUAAUUCUUCAUUCUUUUUGAGGAUGAGGGUUCCUAUAGCCGUGGCCGUGCUCAAUGACGGCCUAAUGGCCGGCCGGGGCCGCGGAGCGCGUUUGUUCAGCUUGGGGCGCAGGGUCACAACAGCAGCCGGCGCAUCAAGAUGGACGGUGAUCCGGGCAGACAGGUGUCGCUAUUUCAGCGGUUCCUCCAAUCUGAGGGCGGCGGCUGCGGGCGCUGCGCAAGCUGCUCUUAAGCAGGCACAGGAACUCGCUGCUGCGAACAUGACCCCCGAGGCAGUCGCGGCGAGGAUGAGCCCCGAAGAGGCAGAGAGGCUGUCGCGAGUGCGUAACAUCGGAAUUGCGGCACAUAUCGAUAGCGGUAAGACCACGGUUACCGAGCGAAUUCUCUUCUACACCGGCCGAACCAAGGCAAUCCACGAGGUUCGCGGGCGAGACGGCGUCGGUGCCAAGAUGGACUCGAUGGAACUAGAGAGAGAAAGGGGCAUCACCAUUCAAUCUGCGGCGACCUUCUGCGAUUGGUCGAAAAAGGAGAACGGCGAGAUGGCAUCCUACCAUAUCAACUUGAUCGAUACCCCUGGGCAUAUCGACUUUACCAUCGAGGUCGAACGAGCCCUCCGAGUGCUUGACGGUGCCGUCAUGGUCCUCUGCGCUGUCAGUGGCGUCCAGAGCCAGACCAUCACCGUGGACCGGCAGAUGAAGCGCUACGACGUCCCCCGGAUCAGCUUUGUGAACAAGAUGGACCGGAUGGGCGCGAACCCCUGGAAGGCGGUUGAACAGAUAAACUCCAAGCUGAAGUUUCCGGCUGCGGCGCUCCAGAUCCCGAUCGGCGCCGAGAAGGAGUUUGAGGGCGUGGUGGACCUGAUCGACAUGAAAGCCAUCCGUAACGACGGCCAGAGGGGCGUUAAUCUCCGCGUGUCCAACGAAAUCCCGGCCGACCUCAAGGAAUUUGCGCUACAGAAGAGGCAAGAGCUGAUCGAGAAGCUCGCCGACGUCGAUGACGAGAUGGCGGAGCUGUUCCUGGACGAGCAGGUUCCCACGCCAGCGCAGAUCAAGGCUGCUAUCCGGAGGGCCACCAUCGCCCGGAAGUUCACGCCUGUCAUGAUGGGUUCCGCUCUUGCCGACAAGUCCAUCCAGCCAAUGUUGGAUGCAGUUUGCGACUACCUCCCGAACCCGUCAAAUAUCGAGAACCUGGCAUUGGAUCAGUCCAACAACGAACAAUCGGUCCAGCUCAUCCCUUACAAUUCCUUGCCCUUUGUCGGCCUUGCGUUCAAGCUCGAGGAGAACCCCUACGGCCAGCUGACCUACAUCCGGGUCUACCAGGGCACGCUCCGGAAAGGCACCUUCCUGUUCAACAGCCGUAACAACAAGAAGGUCCGCAUCCCCCGUAUUGUGCGCAUGCAUUCCAACGAGAUGGAGGACGUGGCCGAGGUCGGUGCCGGCGAGAUCUGCGCCGUGUUUGGCGUCGAGUGCGCGUCCGGCGACACCUUCACCGACGGCAACCUCCCAUACUCCAUGUCUUCCAUGUACGUUCCCGACGCGGUCAUCUCGCUGUCCAUCAAGCCCAAGCGCAGCUCCGACGCCGACGCCUUCAGCAAAGCCAUGAACCGCUUCCAGCGCGAGGAUCCCACCUUCCGGCUGCACGUCGACGACGAGAGCGAGGAGACCAUCAUCAGCGGCAUGGGCGAGCUGCACCUCGACAUCUACGUCGAGCGCCUCCGCCGCGAGUACAAGGUCGACUGCGAGACGGGACAGCCCCGGGUCGCCUACCGCGAGACCAUCACCAGGCGCGCCGACUUCGACUACCUCCUCAAGCGCCAGAGCGGCGGACCGGGCGACUUCGCGCGGGUCAUGGGCUACAUCGAGCCCAACGCGGAGGACGCGGAGAAGAACACGUUCGAGUCCAAGGUGGUGGGCGGCAUGAUCCCGGAGAAGUUCCUGUCGGCCUGCGGCAAGGGCUUCGAGGUGGCGUGCGACAAGGGCCCGCUGCUGGGGCACAAGGUCAUCGGGGCCAGCAUGGUGGUCAACGACGGCGCGACGCACGUGACCGACUCGAGCGACUACGCGUUCAACCUGGCGGCGCAGCUGGCGUUCCGCAAGGCGUUCGCCGACGCCGGCGGGCAGGUGCUGGAGCCGCUGAUGAAGACGACCAUCACGGCACCUAACGAGUUCCAGGGCAAUAUCCUCAUGCUCAUGAACAAGCGCGGCACCAUCGUCGACACCGAGAUCGGCCCCGAGGACUUCACCCUCACGGCCGACUGCAGCCUCAACGCCAUGUUCGGCUUCAGCUCGCACCUCCGCGCCGCCACCCAGGGCAAGGGCGAGUUCGGCAUGGAGUUUAGCCACUACGCCGCUGCGCCGAUGCAGCUGCAGAAGGAGCUCAUCGCGAAGUACGAGAAGGAGCUGGAUGAGAAGAGGACCAAGUAGGCCCUCUAAAGAUGGGGGGGCCCUGGUUGCUGUGGUUUGAGGAAAUUGGUGGUUUCCUGGCAUUUCCGAUGGGGAGUUGUGUGUGGUCCAUGUCCCUUUCCCGGGCAUUCCCUGGACGUUGUGAUAAUCUACGGUGUUCUAUAGAUAGAGUGUCACUUUUGUCAUGUAGCAUAUAGCACCCCGGCUCCCGUUAUCACCCUGUACACAUAUAUUGUGAUCUACCCGAUCUGUUAUGGCAACAACGAGUUUCGGGAGGGGGGUUCUAAUGGGGUUUGGAGGUUUAGAAUGAGCAUGUGCUUGCCAGCCAGUGCAAGGGGGCAGAAUUAGGGAAACAGCUGCCUUGUACGUUAGAAUGCGGGAAAACAAUCCACUCCACAUAAACUAUCCCUUG